ACAAGUUUUUCUCUUACUCCCCACUCUCUUUCUUCUUCAACAUCCAAAGAAACCGAAUUGAAACCCUCCCCUAAGAUUAUAAACAAUGGCGGUUUCUUUGAGGUGUUUAAGCUUAUGUCUGGUUACUCUAUUACUGUUUGUUAUACUGAUAAUGGCUGAUCAAGUAGAGAAAAAGGAGAACUCUGAUUUGAGGAUUCAACAACAAACAAAGCAAUUACAGAGCUCCACAAUAAACACAACAACAAUGGCGGAUUUAAGGCCAGAGGAGGAGUGGACCCAUGAACAUGCAGUAGCUGAUCCUGAUGAAGUUGCUUCCCAAGUAGCUACGACUAUACGUAAUAGUACUGAAAGGAGGAACCUGGGCGGGUAUUUCUCAUGUGGAAGUGGCAAUCCAAUUGAUGAUUGCUGGCGCUGUGACAAAGACUGGCACAAAAACAGGAAGCGUCUUGCAGACUGUGGUAUCGGUUUUGGGCGUAAAGCUCUUGGUGGUCGAGAUGGAGAUUACUAUGUCGUCACUGACCCAAGUGAUCACGACGCUGUGAAUCCCAAACCAGGAACCCUGCGUCAUGCAGUCAUUCAGGACAAACCACUUUGGAUUGUGUUCAAGCGUGACAUGGUCAUCACUCUCAAACAAGAGCUUAUCAUGAAUAGUUUCAAGACCAUUGAUGGCCGUGGUGUCAAUGUUCAUAUCGCAAAUGGAGCUUGCAUCACUAUUCAGUACAUAACCAAUGUUAUCAUUCAUGGAAUCCACAUCCACGACUGUAAACCCACUGGUAAUGCUUUGGUUCUAGACUCCCCGUCUCACUACGAAUAUAGAUCAUUGUCUGAUGGUGAUGGUAUCUCCAUUUCUGGAUCUAGCCAUAUCUGGGUUGAUCACAACUCACUCUCCAACUGUGCUGAUGGUCUUAUUGAUGCUAUCAUGGCUUCCACUGCCAUCACUAUCUCUAACAAUUACUUCACUCACCACAAUGAGGUGAUGCUGCUGGGUCAUGACGACUCGUAUACCAGAGACAAGGUAAUGCAAGUAACCAUUGCAUUCAAUCAUUUUGGUGAGGGUCUCAGGCAAAGGAUGCCAAGGUGCAGACAUGGAUACUUCCAUGUAGUGAACAAUGACUAUACUCACUGGGAAAUGUAUGCUAUUGGUGGAAGUGCAGAUCCCACCAUCAACAGCCAAGGCAACCGAUUCCUUGCCCCAGCCAACCCUUUUGCCAAAGAGGUGACAAAGAGAGUCGAAACAGAUUCUGGUAGAUGGAAGCACUGGAACUGGAGAUCUGAAGGAGAUUUGCUACUGAAUGGAGCCUUUUUUACACCAUCAGGAAAAGGAGUCUCCGCCAGCUAUGCCAGAGCUUCAAGUCUUGGGGCCAAAUCUUCAUCCAUGGUUGGUUCCAUUACUUCAGGUGCUGGUGCUCUUAAUUGCCGUAAGAGUACUCAGUGUUAGCACAAAAUUCCAAAGUACAAACACAAAAAACACCACAACACCAAAGAAAAACAAAAAAAACAGCUCUCCUUUUCAUCUUAAAUUUCAUCCUUCAUUCUUCUUUAUACUAUACAUCUUCAUUUGUCUAUUCUAUGGCUCAACCUCGGCCUGCUUCGUCUGAAAAAAAAACGCCAUUUUUGGAGCAAGUGCAGAAGCGUUGUUCAUUUUA